AUGAUACAAAUAUGCCGCGCGGAGGACGGCCAAGUAUUCAAAGUUAAUGCAUCUCUGCGAGAUAUUGAACGCAUAGGGAGCCUGGAGCUCUUUGUGCAUCAGGAGGCUGGGGUUGAUCCUGACGCGGUCCUAGCAUACCUUUCCGAUGGGAGGCGUCUCACCAACACAAAUAUUCGCGAGUUGGCAGGAGCACACGACCAGGCGAUCUUCGUAUUCAAUAAGCACUAUCUGGAUGAGGACCUGGACGAUGUCUUACGGGAACUCCGAGUCGAACCACCUUUGCAGCCUCCAAUAGAAGAGAACAUUGCGGCCACCCCCCCUUUCCGACCGUCGCAGUUGGCGGCCUCCUACUUGAACACUGCCCACAUGCACGCAGAGCACGUCAACAAUCUCCUAGUAUCCCUCCACUACCAACACGAUUCUAUCUGCAUUGCAUCGAACAGCCUGGAUCUCCAUGUCCUGAACAUCGUCGACGUAUUUGAGGGAGUAGCGGUGGGUGCGCGCAAGGAGCUAGAGAAACAAGCUACGCUACUGGCUGGGGUUGAAGCCGACUUGGAGAUCAUAUGCCGGGUGAGGAUUCAUGUAGACUUCUUGUCUCCCGCAGCUCGACAAGCAAUACAAGGCGGCGACAGGCCACGGACGCUGGGGGAUUAUGUUUCGAAUACGAAGAUGAGGCAGGUAGCCGACACAUGUUCGAGGACUCAUGAUGAAUUGCGCAACAAGUUCAUACAAACGGAGCAGGCAGUUGCGCAGCUCACUGAUGGUGCCACAGUUGUUCGCACACUUGUGUCGUCGACCGAAUUACUGGAGGGGGCAGAGGAUACGAGUCGCCGCGCGCAGAGUCUCUUGCAGGAAAUAUCAAACGUGGCCUCCAAACUUGAAAGUCCCGUCAAUAAUCCUGAUGCGAUCAUCCAAGACCUCAAGCAGCUGGACAUCGGGCUUCGCAAUGAAGUGCGGUUCAUGGCCGAUGCGAAGAAUGCCUAUACAGAGCAUUGCAUGGGGAUAUUGCAGCGCAUCAGCAUCCUGAACAAUGACUUGAUCCAGCUGCCACCCGCUCUCUCCAGCCUGCAGGCGAGUUUCCGAGGGAAAACUAGUUUCUCGCACAUACAGCGCCUCCAUCAUAUGCUCUACGCCUAUGGCGCUACCGUAAUCGAGAUCGUUCGGCGCAAAGAAUUCUCCCGGUUCUUCAAUCAACGUGCGCAGAGCAUUUUAGAAGUCAUGGCAAAACUAUCUGCCAGCGAACGGAAACGACGUCAAGUUUACCGUGGCGAGGUACACGGUCAGCUUCCCUUCGAGGCGAAAGGUCUGGAUGACCCUGUACCGACACUUGACUUCACCACUGCCCUCGGCUCUGACGUCGCCUACUCCCUCGAACGCGAGGACGUGGACGGCUUGCUUGGAGUCUUGGAUGAAUUGGAGCAGAUUUCCCGCACAAGUAACGACGCCAUCGCUUUGGGCGCUAUCAGAGAGUCUAGAGGAGCACUGGAAAAGCUGAUUGUCAAGAUGGACAGCUUGGAGUCGGCGUUUGACCGCAUUGCAGAGCGAUCCCUCCUUUCCGCGUCUCGCUUGUCAUCGUCGAGGCGUAGACGUAAGCCAUUGCACAUCUAUUCGUCGCAUUGCACUAACUCUCAAGUAGUAUCAGAAGCGGACGAACAAGCCUUUCUAGAGUUACAAGAUCAGCUACAAGUGGCCCAAGAUUCCAAGGCUCAGCAGGAACGUCAGUACCAGGAAGACCGAGAUGCCCUACAGAUAGAAAUCUCCCGGCUCCAAGGGGAUCUUACUGAAGCACAAGAUACUGCAGCCCAGGAGCGGGCGCGGGCAGACCGUUUGGAAAGGGAACUCCAUCAGGUUCGUGCCCAAGCUGAAGGGGAGUCUACGGCGCGCCGGGUCAUAGACGAGCGGCACGUCGAACUCCUUGCCCACGUGCAGGAUCAGCACAAGGAGCUAGCUAAAGCGCUUUCGGAGGCCACUGAGCAAGCCAAGGAAGCAGAACUCGCGCGUCAAGAGCUCGCUCGCAUCAGGGCGGAAUUCGAAGACGUCAAGGCUCUCGAAACUCGCAAUUCGGACAAGGUAGCAAGCUUACUGGAGGAGCAGGCGAACAACCUACUCAGGCUCGAGGAGGCACGAGCGAGGGGAGAGGACCUUGAAGCACAGAUCCAGGCUGCUAGGUCGGAGAGCGACGAGGUGCACCGUGCGCUUACCGAAGCUGCACGCGAGAAGGACAGGCUGCUUCGCGCCCAAGCGAGCGAACACGACCGCAUCAUCCGUGACCAUAUCGCCGAGGCGGAUGGUGAUAGAGCCGUCUUGGAGCAACGUUUCCACGAAUUGAAGGCCAUUCUGGAGGACACCGAACGCCAACUGAAGGAUGCGCAGGCAAGCGUGGAUGUGGGCAAUGCUGAUGCCAUUGGUUUACGGGAGGAGCUGCAACGUGUUGAACACGAGCUAAGGGAAGCACACCAUGUUGAACGCCUCCUGCGUGAAGACCUUGGUGCUGGCAGGGCAUCCCAAUCUGGCUUCGAGCAACGAUUGGAAAGUUCGGAACAACUCAUCGCACAAAUCCUUGACGUUGCCCUUGCCUUUCGCGUGUCACACAUCAAAGCAAUGGCCACAGCACAGGCGGUGACAGCGCAUCCAAACUCGACGACCAAGCCAUCUAUGAACUUGGCAGAUUCUGUUUUCGGGCCCAGUAUGAGACACAGUAUCAUCGGCCACCCCGACGACCCCUCCCCAAUUGAUCCGUCUGACCCUCAUGCAGCUCUGGACGCACUGCGAGCAUUUGACCACGAUCGCUUCUUAGAGGCUAUCGGGAAGACCGGAUCGACGAUCAGAAAGUGGCAGAAACAGUGCAAGGAAUAUCGCGAACGAGCGAAAGGCAAGAUCUCGUUCAGGAACUUUGCAAAGGGCGACCUGGCCCUCUUCCUGCCCACGCGGAAUUCGGUGUCUAAACCCUGGGCUGCCUUCAAUGUAUCCUUCCCGCAUUAUUUCCUACAAGCUUCAGGGCACCUUGCGGAACAACUCAAGACUCGAGAAUGGAUAGUGGCGCGCAUCACCUCCAUAACAGAAUGUUUGGUCGAUAGAAACGACCCUUCAAGCAACCCCUUUGGUUUGGGUGAUGGCAUCAAGUAUUACAUGCUCGAAGUCGAGGAUUGGACGCAGCCGAGUUCACAAAACAAGCGCAAAAGUUCGUCGAAGAGACCUUCGGGUGAUCGCGAUAAGGAACCCACAGAAGCUCUUCCCUUAACAGCUGGCACAAGUCCACCGGAUAUCCUCCCUGGGCCUCCACAGGCAGAGGUGGAAGACACCUUUCGUGUUACCCGUCCUCCAACAUCGCACCUCUUCCCUUCGCGAGCUCGCUCGAACUCAUCGCCCUCCGCUGGACCAUCCUCUCUUUCACGUCUUCUGGCUCAAGCCGACGCUCAGCCAUCUCGCCUAGAAGCUAUUCCUCCUUCGCGAAGCCAGACACCAUCUCCGAUUGACGAAGCGGUCAACGCUUCUUCCCCACGGGGUACCUCUUUCCACACGACAUCUCCCCCGGCAACAUAUCCCCAAGCAACCUUGCCACAACCGCCAUCCUCACCCUCGCAAGUAACCGGUUCAGCAUCUUCUAAUGUCCCCGCUAUACCUUCACCGCUGCGUCCAGGUUCCCGAGCCUCAAGACUAUCAUCUGCGUCCCGUUUCUCUGUCGGUCGUGUCCCUCCAUUAGUCAUGGGAAGUUCAUCUGCCUCACCUGCUGUAGCUGCCAAGGCGGCUGCCACGACGGCCUUAUCAGAGCCUCCAAUAGCCUCUUCACCAUCAUCUGGCGAGGGAAACCCGUUUGGUCGGCCGUCCACACCAUCACCAGAUGGCUCAGCUUCAGAAGGAAUGUCUAAUUUCCUUAACCGACGACGUACGACAUCGUAUCAUGUCCCUGCACCCUCCGUUGCCAGUCACUCGGCAGGUUCCGGUGUUUCUGUUCGUCCAAGUCUUACGGCGACGGGUACGCUAGCGAGUCUUGCGAGUAGCUGGGGCGUUUCCUUUGGCCGAAGGAAGGCGUCAGAAUUAAACGGCAGUCAUGUCAAGAAUGGAUCGGAGAGUGCGACGCCAAACCAACCAUCGGGUGGAGAUAGCACAGCCGAGUCCGCUACUAAUGCUCUCAAGCGUUUAUAA